AAAGCGUACAUUCUACCGUUUACACACAUCAGAAAAAUUCCGAUCUAUUUGCUUGUAGUUUUGAUACUCAGAAUCUAUUUUUUGAGUUGUUUUUUGUGCAGUUUUUGUUUUAUUUGUGCUAUUAUUUCCCGUUAAUAAAAUCGGUCGCUGCAUUUUAGAAUAUUAGUUUGGUUAGAAAAAUAAAAUCAUCACAACAGAACCAAAAUGUUUGAUGUCAUUUCGACAGCAAAGAACACACAGUGGAUAACGUUUCCCACUCUUGGUUCGAAGUACACACAUUCGCAUGUUGCAAACGAAGCGGUCGAUUUUCAAGUGAUCCCAGGCAAAAAUUGCUUUGUGGAAUUUAACAAAAAAUUUGGUUUCGAGCUACUACGAACUAGAGACAAGGACAACAAAGAGGUGAUACAACGCAUCAAGAAGCGACAGGUCGACGACAUAUCAUGUGGUGCGAUUGCAAGCAGUGGCGGACAGAUUGGCAUUGGCAUGACGACUGGAUUCAUUCGGCUCUUCAAUGUGCAAAGCGGCGAAUAUGUGCCGAUCAAAUUCAAACCGGAUCGAAUGGGAAACAGUGUUGUUGGCCUUGACUAUUCGAGCACCGAUGAAUAUUUGGCGGCCGUUUAUGACAGCGCUGAUGUCAAUUUGUUUGGCUUGAAAACCGGCAUCAAAACAGAUACAUUCCGUUUGGCCGGCAUUUCGACAUUAGUUCGAUUCCAUCCGACCAAAAAGUUUGCAUUGGCCAUUGGUUCGUAUGAAGGCGCCCUCACAAUGCUGGACAUUCAAACGAAGAAGAAGCUGUUUUUCGAUAAAACGGCUCAUGCCGCACCAAUCAGAGACAUCUCAAUGUUCGCUUCAUCGCAAGAUUUGCUGGUUUCAUGUGGCUACGAUUGCAACAUAAAUGUCUUUGAUUUGCGUAAAAGGACAGUGGUGCAACAGCACAAGCAGCCACAUCCCAUGUCAACUGUGUGCGUGUCAUCAUGCGGCACAUUCUGUGUGGCUGGAAAUCUCAAGGGAGAUGUUAUCUCAUACGAUUUUCGUAGCAUGAAAGAACCACUGGAUACAAAGCGAUUACACGACAGUGCCGUAGUUCGAGUGGCAUUUGUAUCCAGCGUAACUACCACUUCGAAUAUAACACUCGAUCAGACAAUGAGUGCAACGAGUUUAGAAGCAACUGGAUCGAUGGCUUUUUCCACGCCUCAAGCCAGUGGUGGAGAGUCAUUUGCCAAGUUCGUAGAUCUAUGUCAUUACAACAAUUUGGCGGCAACAGAUUCAGCGACACCGAAACGUCGUGACAGUUGGGCCGAUCUCAUGCCUGUGCGGAAAAUUCACGAUUUUUCAAUGGAUUCAAUGGCUGAAACGCCAUCUCGAAUGUCAAUGGGUGUUGAAAAUCGUUCGGAACUUCGUUUGAAGCGUCUAUCGCGAACACCAUUGGAUCAAUCUGUUCUCAGCAACGUUACAUCCGUCGAACAAAACGAAACUGAUAUCGAGAUAAAGGUCACCGAUUUCGAUGAGCCAAAGGAUUCUAAGUCACAACACGUAAAACGCGUUCAAUUGCCGGAUCGAGAUAAUUUUGGUGAUUUGCAGAAAAUACAAGAAGAAACAACAGAGACUGAUGCUACAACUAGUCAAUUGGAGGUCAAGAGACCACUCGGCGAGCAUGACAACAAUGUAUCCAAAGGGAGAAAACGUCGAAGCACAUUUUUCGAGAUGUUUUCAUCGAAUUUAACAGAUACCAACACAUCAUCGCCACCAACAUUGGCUCGAUCGGAAAAUGCUGCAGCAGUUGGAUAUAGAGUUCCAGUUGGUGCGGCCGCCGCAACAGGUACCAAUGGUCUUCGAAACAUGCUAAGCAGCAUGGUCGAUCAGGAAAUCAACAGUACCCGUUCCAGAAUGGCAGCCAGAAUGGAAGCGGCCACCAAUGCUAUGAAAGCUCGCAUUGAUCGACGCUUUGAUCAAGCAUACAACGACAUGAAAAACGUUCUCGAAGAAAACUAUUUACUGGGUUUGCAAGGCGGUGACAAUUUAUUCAACCGAUUAACCGAACCGUUCGCUGAUUUGGAAAAUGGGCUAUGUUCGCUUCUCGAACAAGAUCCAUACGCCUUGGAAUAUUUUCGCAUGAAAUACGAAAUCAUUGAGCUUAAGAAAAAGCUUGGCAUUCGUGAACCAAGCAUUUUGCCUUAUUUGCAUUGAUUUGAGUAGCGAAGAAAGUGAUAUUUUACCAUUUUAUUGAUAAGACACGUCUGGAGACGGUCUUCCAGUUCUGAAGAAUUUUUUCUAAUGAUAAAAAAGUUUAAAAACGAAAGAACAUUUAAACUGACACAACCAAAUUGUUUGCUGUCAAACUUUGUCUCGAUCACACCAACUGUCACACUCACUCGUUCGUGUACGAAUUGCUGUUAGCGUAAAAGAGAUGUUGUUUGCAGUAAACUCAGUUUAGAUGUUCUUUCAAAGAAAAUCUUAAUCGAAUUUUCAGACUAAUCAUUUCAGUCUAAAAAAUUGAACUUACGUUUAGAUGCUUUUCCAAACUAUUUUGCAUGCGUUUCUUUACCCAUGGCACACAUGCAUUGAAUACGUUUUAGUCAGAGCAUUCAUUUAUUCCAUUAGUCAUGAAAGACAUUUGUUAGACAAUUAGUUGAACAUGUCAUUCUUUUAAACGAAAAAUUUGGUAUUAGAAUGCCCAUGAAUUCAUUGUUACUGCUAAAGAGAUCAUUGAUCAACUGGAUGCCAAAUAUGCCUUGAAAAUAUUAAUUGUAAAAAAUUGAAUAAAAUAAGAUUUUCGAAAAAA